UACACACAGUAAAGACAAUUGAAGUGUGGUCUGUUUGUUGUACCACAUAACCUCUCAAAAAUACGGUCCACCCAGUAGUUCAUCAAGUGAAAUUGGAACUUUCUUCUAUAGUUAUGGCUGAGGAAUUGCAUAAAAAACUGCAGCAGGAGGUGGAAAACUUCCAAGCUCUUCAAAAACAGUAUCAGAAGACUUUAUCAGUUCGUCAGCAGCUUGGUGGUCAACUCUUCGAAAAUGAAACUGUGAAAACGGAGUUGGACCUAGUUAAAAAGGAUCAAGAAGUUUACAAGUUAAUAGGUCCUGUUCUAAUCAAACAAGAUAUUGAAGAGGCUCUCCAGAACGUGAAUAAGCGUAUGGAUUACAUCAAGGGAGAACUAAAACGAGUGGAUGACACUAUCACAGAUAUGGAGAAGAAACAGGACAGCCAACGAGAUGUGUUGAAUAAGCUGCAACAGCAGUACCAGAAAGCGCAACUGGUAGCCGCCACUAAGAAUUAAACUUUGUGACAUUGGAAAGGCAUUAUGUAUGAGGUAUCUGUGAUUCACCCAUUAAUCAUUUCCUUGGAAAACAGAAAAUUCAAAAUCCAAAGCAAGCAAACAUAUGUAAAGCUUUCACUUUUGGUUGGUCACAAGUCUUUUUUCAUUAGAUGGUUGUACCUUCUUGCUUACUGAAGUAAUUGUUGAAACAUUCAUAAGAAUUACUGUGUCAUUUCUUUUUCAUUGAAGUUCUAGAGUGUUUAUUCCUAACAUCUUAACAAGAAUUGUCUCCAUUUUAUUGACUAAAAUGCAUUUACCUGUUGUAGUUUGCUGUGAAAGGACGUGAAAGUAAGUUAUUCUGUGGCAUUGAAUUGUAAGAGAAAUGUGUAAAUUAAUAAGCAUAAUACAGCUUUUUUAUCUUAACUUAAAAUAUAUUUCUGAAAAUUA